AUGGUAUCCUGGGAGCUCUCACCUUCUGGUUUUCUCAAGAUGAACUUUGACGGCAGUAUUUCAGAGGGCGGUAGUAGAUGUGGUGUGAACUUCGUGAUCAGAGACCAGGAGCUCAGGUUGAUUGCGGCAGGGGGACGACGCAUUUUCGAUGAGUUCAUCCUAGUGGCAGAGCUACGUGCGGCAUAUGAGGGUCUCGUAUAUGCUAGUGUAUACUUGGAGGCCCAGCGGAUAUUCUUGGAGGAUGACUCUGCCACAUUGAUUGAGUGGAUCAUGUGCGGGCAUGCCAGACCAAAUCUACACCCACUAGUCAGGGAUGUUUGCCAUCUUCUAGACAGUUUUGAUUCUUUUUGGGUCACACAUAUUUUUCGGGAGGUGAACAAUGCAGCGGACUGGAUCGCCUCCUCUGUAGCUCAUCAUUCCGAGGCCCUUAUGUGGGAGGGAAGUGGCCUUAUCCCCCAGAGCCUCGAUCGUGUUUUGUCUUUUGAUUUCUCGGGGCAUACUCACAUCUAG